CUCUCUUAUGGCUCACAUUGUUACUUCUUCAUCAAGGCUAUGCAUCAGUUCCAGUGGUCACAGCUAAAGUUGGUCAAUCUGUGACUUUGAGAUGUGUGUUUGAUAUGACAUAUGAGAGCAACACAUGGAUUUACUGGUACAAGCAAAAUGCUGGAGAUACUCUGAAUUUAAUCCUAAUGCAGCAGCGAACAAUAACCUCAAUCUAUGGACCACAGAUUGAUGCUUCAAGAUUUAAUGUAGCAAACACCAAGAACAGCAGCACUCUUAAAAUUUUCACAACAGUUCAACAAGAUGAGGGAAUGUAUCACUGUGCUCAAAGGGACACACUUGAAACUACGUGGAGUGGGAUUUAUUUAUCAAUUGAAGGAUAUGAGAGGACAUCAAACUACACUGUUGUUCAACAGUCAACGAUCUCUGGUCCCACCCGUCCAACAGGCUCAGAGACGCUGCAGUGUUCGGUUCUCUCUGAUGCUCAGAACAAAACCUGUUCAGGAGAACCCAGCGUGUUCUGGUUCAGAGCCAGAUCAGAAAAGCCUUUUCCUGACAUGAUUUACACCGAUGGAAAAAGAUCAGAAAAUUGUGGCAAUAUCUCUCACUCUCAGAAGAAAUGUUUUUAUAACUUCUCUAAGAAUAACAGCUCCCCUGAUCCCAAGACCCUCUACUGCGCUGUGGCCACAUGUGGACAGAUAUUAUUUGCAAAUGAACUGAAUCUUAAAAGUGGUGGAAAGGAUGAAAACAUGCUGGUGGUCACAAUAGUCGCAAUAAUCUGUUUGGUCAUUUCUGUCAUUUGUAAUAUUGUUUUCAUUUGCUUUCGAAUACAAAGAUCAGCAUGUCAACGAUUUAAAGAAAGCUCUUCCUCACCAAAAAGAAACAACAUCAGCGAAAUGGAAAAUCAUACUGAAGCUGGACCUGAUCUGAACUACGCUGCAUUACAUUUAUCUGAGGGUAGAAGAUCAAGAGGAAAGAAAAAGAGAGAGUUGAUGACUGAAGAAAGUGUGUAUUCACAAGUUAAAGGAUCAGCUUAAAAAUGAGCUUUCAUUGAAAACCUCACUUCUGAGAUGAAAGAGCAUCUUGCUGCUGACACACAAAAGUUGUGAAUUCAAAUAAAACUUUGAUAAAUGACAAAUGUGAUGAAAAUGCAUUUAAAA